AUGAAACGAAACUCGUUUAUCUAUAUAUUCAAAACUAUGCAGCUUACAAUCACUGCAAUCAUAAUAAUGACGGUCUUUUUGCGCACACAACUUGACGUGGACUUGUUAGGAUCAAACUAUUUAUUAGGUUCACUGUACUAUACACUUGUACGCCUAAUGACAAAUGGAGUUGCCGAGUUGAUAAUGACUAUUACUAGACUACCCGUUGUUUAUAAGCAGAAAGCAUUCUAUCUCUAUCCAGCUUGGGCUUACUGUCUUCCAGUUGCCAUACUAAAGAUUCCAUUUUCAGUCCUGGAUUCUCUUGUUUGGACAUCAAUAACAUAUUAUGUUAUAGGCUACAGCCCAGAAAUAACAAGGUUCCUCCGCCAGUUCCUUUUGCUUAUCGCUAUGCACAUGUCAUCAACCUCUAUGUGUCGUUCCCUUGCUGCAGUUUUUAAAACUGAUGUUGCAGCUACAACUGUUGGUUCUUUGGUCUUAGUACUCAUGUUCUUGUUUGGAGGCUUUAUUCUUCCUCGACCAUCAUUACCAAAGUGGUUGAGGUGA